AUGAGUGUUAUGAAUGUGUCGUUCCUUUGCUUGCUGGUCUUUCCUCUGCUGUCUUUGUCGCAAACAGUGGUUUUCACGACUCAAAGCGAUGGGUCUGAAUCUAGCUCUACCAUCUACGACGCUACGGCAACGACCUCGUCUGGACCCUCAAGCUCAUCAUACCCAGGCAGCACACUCUACAGGUCAUACACCACUGGUAUCAACAAUGUUAGCACUACAAGUGUCUCAACCACCCUGCCAGCUCUCCCAACAGUACCAUAUACCGGCCAGGCGAUACUAGUUGGAACUUGUACGAUCCCACAGUUUACCAUCCUCACGUUUGCCGAUGGAGGGACUCUGGAAGUGCCACUGAUCGGAUGCUCCGACGACAGACCAGAUUGUUGCCCGUCUUUGAAUUUGACUGCUUCACAACCUGCAGAGACAGGAUCAUCAGCAUCGGUCUCCGGAACGGGAGGAGGUGGCAAUCCACCGACAGUCUCGUCGACAGGCACGACAGCGAGCCCAACUCCCACAGGCGUCAUAUCUAUGCUCAGCGCGGCUCCGUUGACCGUUUGCCCAAGUGGCAUGGUUGAUAUGGACCCUGUGUGCUGUCCGAUCGGCUUUUCGAAAUACGGACAGAGCAUCAUCGGCAACUUACCUUGUGUUACCACUGUCACAACGACGAUAUUGUCACCACCACCCUCGGUCCUUGCCUCGAUCACCUCGGUCAUAUCGGCAUCGAUGGAAGCUGCAUCUACCACCACAACACCGACGAUCAGCAUCAUCGUGAAUGAGGUCUUUGCUCUCGGGCUUCCCUGCGCCGAUGACGAUGACGACGGCCACAGCGGCUUGAGCACUGGCGCCAAAGCCGGCAUAGGUGCCGGCGUGGGCGUCGCCGCCGUACUUCUCAUCCUCGCCCUAAGGGGGUGUUUUGCGGUCCAUCACCACCGCCGUGCAAAAGUGCGAAAGCUCGAGGCCGCCAACAUUGCCAGUGUAGAUCCAAAGCAUAUGUCUGGCGCUACAACACUGGCACCAGGCAGUCCGAAUAUGCAGCAGCGCACCAAUCCCAUGGGUCAUUAUGAUUUGGGCGGAUAUGCCCAACCACAUGGAUAUACCCCGGCAUUUAGAUACAUGCAGGCUCAGACGGUGCAAGACAUGUAUGGGAACUAUGGUAUCCACCCUGUACCACUCGGCAUGCCGAUGCAUAUACCUGGUAGUCAGGGGUACGUGGGAUUGUCGCCGCCCAGCUCGCAUUCUCCUCCACCUGUGUACCCGUACACGCAGUAUAAAGACAUCCCGGAAUUCGAUGGAGCCUCGGUUGUCCCAAAUACCGAGCAUCAAGGGGAUGUUCGGGUACUAGGGCAUUUUAGUGAUAUGAGAAGCCAGGAAAGCGUGACGGACAGGACGGCAAUGAAUAGUUCUUCCGGAGACAUGGGCCAGGCGGCCGAGCUGCCGUCUGACGGAGGUAGCAUUAGACAUGGACAUCAGUUACCACGGUGA